AUGUUGUCAAAAUAUAAUCGCGUUAUUGAAAUUGAUGGCGGUAGUUCUGACAUUUCGCUACCCAUCGUCAACUUCCCACCGUUCAAACUUAGAGCGCAAUUAAUUGAAAAAGACCCUGUCGUCUGGUUGCAUUUACUAGAGACCUAUGUAAAAUAUUUUGAGUAUCUGAUGCAGGGAACCAACGUCGAAUUAUUAGAUGACUCCACUCUUGAUCAUCUUCGCCUAUUUUUAAGAACCUACUUGCAUGAAAUUGCGGAUGAGGAGGGAAAGCUACUAAGUCUCGGUAUCAAUCAUGAUGUAUCUGAGCAGUUGCAGCUAUUAAAGGGUUGGAUAUUUUUAUUGAUCAAGAAAUGUGGCCUAUUACAUUUCCAAAUAUUUGGUGAUUCCCUAUGGAAUUUGAUCAAAAUAUAUGUCAAGCGCAACCCUGAUUCUAUUCGUGGUCUGAUUGAUGGCUCUUUGAAACCACUAAUAAAUACGCAACGGGUCCAAUUGGACAAAACUUAUCAGGUCCAGCAGCAUUUAAAGCAGCUAAUAGAGUCUGGGAAGUUCAAAAGAUUAGAUCUAAAAUGCGUCGAAGAUCUGCUCGCAGCCAAAUCUAUACAGCCAAAUAAAUUUGCAGAAAAUUUCUUUACAGCAAAUUGGAUUGAAAUUCUGGAACCACUAUGGGGGAAGGGUCAAGGCAGAGCUCAUAAAGCCGCCAGAGAGUUAAUCAUUAUCAGUCUAUUUUCUGUUUCUGCUGGUCAUGUUCUGAAAAUAACUAAGGAAUUGGGUAUAAGCAAUUUUGACACACUAGCUCUAUAUCCACUGCUGGGAACAAUGCUCAUAAAUGAGAGAAUUCACAAACGGCUUCCUGAAUUAAAAAGCAAGCUCCUUUUCUUGAACUUGGGGUCGUUAUCUAUUAAUGACGAAAACAAUAUAAACUAUCCAGUAUCAACGAGUACUGAAGUCGAUGAGGAACAAUUAUCCUCAUUAAUGGAAUUGUUCCCGCAGUUCUCUAAAAAUCAAUUAUUGCAGGCGCUUCUUGCUUAUGACAAUAACAUUGAAUUAGUAACAAAUAAGAUAUUUGAGGAUUCCACUAUUAUCGAAGCUUUUGCCAAGGAACCUGAGGAAGCAAAGACAGAAGCGGUCUUAGGCGAGCUCACUUUAUCUGAUAGAGUGCCUAGUUCAAAAAAUAAGAAUUUAGAUAAAAGGAUCAUCUCUGCGGGUGUUCCGGAUGAGUUAAGAAACAGAACUUUGACAAGAGCAUUGAAGCUUUUGUAUGAAGCCGACGAAGAUGAAAGGGAUGACACAUAUGAUGAAGCCGAUGUGAUUCGGUCUGGUCCAUCGAAAAGGAUCGAUCUCCAAGAAGAUGACGAAAGGGACGGUACCGGUGAUAACACUAGUGAAGUGCGGCAAGUUUGCAAGUAUGAUGCUAUUGAAUCUUACUUGUGGCAUUUAUUGAAGGAGGAUCCAACAUUAUUUGAAAGAUCGAAAAGAGGCACAAAAGAAAGGAAGAAUAUGAAAGAGCAGAUAUCAUGGUCAGAUGAACAAAUUGAGGGUUGGUCGCGUAUGCUGGAAAGAUCUCCCAAACGAGCCAUGCUACUAGAAAAAAAAUUUAUGUUCAAAGGCAACAGCAGAACAGGAAAAACGUCGUAUGUCCAUAAUCGGGAUAGCGAAAUUGAUGGAAGUUUUGACAAGGAAGAAGCAAAAAGGAAAGCAUCCAAGGAAAUCAAGAAAGAUGAACCUCAAUCUGCUGAAAAAAAGAAAAGGCAACGUAACAGAAGUGAAAAAAACAAAGGGGCAAAAGCUAACCACAAUCGCAAGAAAGGCCAUGAUAAGAAAUUGGCUCGUGCGUGA